CAGAAAUUAGGAAACAAAAGAAAGAAAACACGGGGAAUAAAUAGCCGUGGUGGAUGGGAUCCCUUUUCCCUUCCCCGGCAUAGCGCGCUGAAAGCAACAAAGAAAGCUUCUUCUUGUUGCUUGUUGAUUUGUCCUUUAGAAAAAAGGAAUUGGGUUUUGGUUGAAGAUGAUGAUACGUACAGAGUGAGAGUGUUGAAUUUGUAUAUCAAAUGUGGUCGAUUUGUUUGCUCUUCUCUCCGUCAUCGCUCUCUGCGAAAAGGUUGCAGUUCUGUGAAUGAUUUGAGUCCAGGUUGCUGCUAACUUGAUGUCUGGAAUUAUGCUGCUGCUGAUGCUUCUGAGUAGUGACAGAAGAAUAUUAGUAAUUAACAAUUGAAUACACUGGAAUUAUUUGUUUCCUUCUGAGUAAUAUCAUUGAUAGAAGAGGGUCAAACAUGUAUGGGAGAGGUGGUCUUGAGAAAUUCAGGAAAGCUCAAUCUUUGGAACCCUUCUCGGUCUCGAUAAAUUCUUCCCCGAAAACUACUCCUGUUCAAGUUCAACAACAUUCUCAUUCUCAAAAUGCGGCUGCUCAGCCUCAGCGGGAGGACCAAACUCAGGUUCAGCCUGCCACUCAGCUUGGUGGGGGUCAAUCCACUUGGCAGCCUCCUGAUUGGGCUAUUGAGCCUCGUCCUGGUGUCUAUCAUCUCGAAGUUCUUAAGGAAGGACAGGUGCUUGAUCGCAUUAAACUUGAUAGACGCAGGCACAUCUUUGGAAGGCAACAUCAUGCUUGUGAUUUCGUGCUUGAUCAUCAGUCUGUUUCACGCCAGCAUGCUGCUGUCGUUCCUCACAAGAAUGGCAGCAUUUAUGUAAUCGAUUUGGGGUCAGCACAUGGAACAUUUGUUGCAAAUGAGCGUUUGACAAAAGAUACGCCUGUUGAGCUUGAAGCAGGGCAAUCUUUGCGCUUUGCUGCAUCAACAAGAAUUUACAUCUUACGGAAGAAUAAUGCUGCUCUAUUUCCUCAUCCCCCACCUCCCACCGAGAUAAAUCUACCCCCAAAGCCUGAUCCUUCUGAUGAAGAAGCUGUUGUUGCAUAUAAUACACUUAUAAAUCGUUACGGUCUGAGCAAACCUGAACUGCUGCCAAAGUCCCGUGCAUCUUCCAUCUCAUUAGCUGGAACUGAAGGCAACACAGAGUCAGAGAGACGCGCUAAGAGAAUGAGGAAACUAAAAGUGACCUUCAAGGAUCACGCUGGGGGGGAACUGGUUGAAGUUGUUGGAAUUUCAGAUGGUGCAGACGUAGAAACGGCACCUGGGCCUCUAGGUGUUAAAGAAGGAAGUCUUGUUGGCAAAUAUGAAUCUCUAGUACAGACAACCGUAAUUCCUAAAGGUAAGGAUCAAUCAUCCGUAAAGGAAGAAAGUGUUAUUCAGAAAGGUGUGACCGAUAAAUUGCAAGAAGUCUUGAAUAAGGUAAAAAAUGCUCCUAAAGGUGGGAUCUACGAUGAUCUUUAUGGAGAAUCUUUAUCCGACAAAGUGGGUUCUUCCUGGGCGUACGGUUCCAAUAGUUCGACCGGCAGGCAAGGUUCAUCUUCUCCUACAAAGGAUGCUAUUACUGGAAAGGGUACUGAUGUUUCAAGUGGAAAACCUGGAAGUAGAACUGCCUUUAAAGAUUAUGAUAGUGAAGAUGAUCUAUUCGGUGACUAGUCAUUGAAUGAAGCUGAAAUGCUCAUGCAACUUGCAUCAUUCACACUUUGGUUUGACAGAAUGACUGAAAAUAUGUGUGAGGUAGCAAGCUAUUAUUUUCACCUGAAGUUGGAGAAAUUUUUGUUGUAGUUUACUGGCAAAAUUUUCUUUGUACAAUGGAAUGUUAAACCUGACUGAGAUUUGAAGAUUUUUAAGGAUCAUGAUUUUGUUC